AUGACAUCUUUCCCCAAAGGCUGGUUUUUCAUAAAAAACCUCAACAACGGAUAUGUUUUAUCCACUGAAAAAUCCACUGCCGGUGAACCUAUUGUGAUUGCAACCUUGAAAACCAAGGACUUUGAUACCCAACUUUGGCAAUAUGGCGAAGAUGGUCGUCUCCAUAAUAAAAAGACUGGAUUUGUACUCGACAUCUUCAAAGGCCACAUCAAAGCUGGAUCAGAAAUUAUCCAACAAAAUGACUCCAACUCUUCUGAAGGUCAAACAUUUGGCAUCUCAUCUGAUGGUCAUAUCUAUUUGAGAAAGGAUCCCAACUUGGUACUUGGUAUCAAGGAGUCUUUCUUUACUCGCCGCGAAGGCCAGCAUGUUCAUCUUCAAGCUCUGGAUAAGAACAUAAAGGACCACAAGGAACAGCGUUGGGAUUUCCUUUUGCCUUCUCAAAAACGUUCGUCUACCAUCAAUAAUCCCAUGGAUAGUCUGAAGCGUACAAUCAGUGGUGCUUCUCUCGGUAGCUUUAGCAGCUCAUCUGUUCAUACACAUGAUGACGAUGGCUGCCUUGAUGAAUCUCAUCACAACCAAUUAAGCAACUUUCCUGAUUCCGAGUUCUUUAUCAAAUCGGAUGCCACCGGCUAUUUUGUUGGCGUUGAUGCUUCUGCUGUCAAUAGCCCAGGUGCACGUCUCUCUCUUGAGCCACUUCGUAAGAACAGCUAUGAAAGCCAACUCUGGCAUUACGACGUGAUUACAGGUCGUUUGAUCAAUAAAAAUUCCGGCUUUGCACUAAGUGCUGAAGAGUUGUCUGAUGAAUCUCUUGUAUAUCAGUCAUCCAGUAACAGCGAGAAAGACUUGGCUUAUCAAUCUUGGUUUCUCUCUACUGCUGGUGAGAUCAAGUUGAAGCACAAUCAACACAGCUUUGUGCUCGGCUACAAAAAGGACAGUUGGUUUGGCUUGAAUCGUGAAGGUGCUCCUGUUUUACUUCAAAAGCAAACCGACGGAAAGACCCAUUCUCAUCAGCGCUUUGUCAUUGUUCUGCCCGUGUUUAAGAAAAAGACGACUGAGAUUGUUACUGUCACUGAACAGCAAGGUGUCUUUCCUGAUGGCUACUUCUUUAUCAAGAACCAGAAACAUGGUCUCGUCAUUACUGUGCUUGAAACGGACAAGUUGGCGGCUCAGGUCAUUGCUUCUCAUUUGGACACUCAAAACUUUAACCGCCAGCUGUGGAAGUUUAGCGAUGGAUUCCUCUUCAACAAGGCAUCCAAUCUUGUUUUGGAUGUCCGUGGAGGUUGCAUUGUAAGCGGUUCUGAGAUUUGCCAGUACAAACAAAAGAAGGAGGGCUUCGAGAACCAGCAAUGGGGACUCUCUGUGGAAGGUUAUAUUCAUGCAAAGACCCACAAGGAUGUUGUCCUUGCCAUUUCUAGUAGCAAGAGCACCCAAGCUAAUGUCUAUUUGGCCAACAAGAAGACCCCUGACCAUGAGGAACAGAGAUGGAACUUUGUAUUACCUGUAUUCAAGCAGAAAUCCACCACUGUUACCGAAACCACUGUGCAAAAGUCUGUUGCUUACCAUCACUAUGCUCAGUAUCCCAGUGGCUGGUUCUUUAUUCGCUCUUUUAUCGGCGGCUCUUCAGCUGAUGCGCCUCUUGUGCUUACUGCUGCGAACAGCUCUUCUCAUGUUGUUCUCUCCAAGAUUAGCAGGCAAGAUUGGCAAUACCAGCUCUGGAUGUACUGGAACGGUGUUUUAAUCAACUUUGCUACACAACUCGCCAUGGAUGUAGUCAAUGAUGAUAUUAAUGUUGGCUCCGUCAUUAGUCAAGAAGUCAGAAAAGCUGGUGAUGUCGGUCAAAGAUGGAGUCUGACCAUCGAUGGCUAUCUUGUACAUGGAUCUAAUCCCUCAUUGACAUUGGUGCCUCAGCUUGUGGAGCAAGACACGUACAAGCUCUCUCUGGCUCAUCACGUUUCUUCCACGCAUCAAGACAAUCGUUGGGGUCUCUUGUCUCCUGAAAUCAAGGUGGAAAACAACACACAGGUGCUUGUUCGUUGGACUAUCACUCUUUUGACGGAAUGGAAAAAGUUCAAUGAGCAAUCCAUCCAAAAGGUGGUUCAUCGUAUUGCCAACUGGCCGGAAGAGACCUUCUUUAUCACGGGUCAAGAUGGUUUGGCAUUGGCUCCUGAAAAGUCUGAAGUCUUUUCCUUCUUGGUUGUCAAGAAGCUGGAGUUUGGUCAAAGCGAGCACUUCAAGUGGACUUACCGUAAUGGCUAUGUAGUGCAUGUGGCUACCGGCUUGGUGUUGCAUGCUUCUGACGAUCUUGUCGGUGGUAGUCAGCUUCAAAUUCGUGAAGAGCUCCUGUCUGAUUCCAAGACGAUUGAUCAACGUCAAAAGUGGGUCGUCAAGACGGAUGGAUCUAUUGUUUCUGAGCUCAAGAACACGCUUGGUUUUUCAUUGAUCCAACAAGGCAACCAAUACUCUGUUCAGCUUGCCUACACAAGCAAUACCAGUGAGCACUACAGUUGGGGCUUUGUUCGAGGCCAUUAUGAGAACAGAUACAGUCAGGUGUACAAGAAGGAAGUCAGUGUGAUCACGCAUACCGAGCGCAUCUUGUUGACGGUACAGACGCACCAAGUUUCCUGCAAUGCAAACACGAAGCUAGUAUCUCGCUCUUAUGGAAUCUUCCCUGAAAACUGGUUCUACAUUCGCUCCAAGGCCGACACAUCGCUUGUCCUCACUGCACCCAGCUCUAAGGAAGGUGCUAAAUUGACGCUCUCCAAGAUUGACUACAAGAUCUUCCGUCGUCAGUUGUGGCACACGCAAGAUGAUGGCUGUCUUGUCAACUUGGCAUCCGAUCUCGUUAUUGACAUUGCAGGCGGUGCUUUCAAUGUAGGCAGUGAUAUCAUCCAGUGGCAUGAAAAAUACCUUCGUAGACAUCGCAAGAACCAGGUAUGGGGCCUCUCUGUAGAUGGUCAUCUGCAUCCUAAGGCUCGUCCUGGCCUCGUGUUGGGUGCCAAGGGAAACAGGGUCUUUGAUGGUGUUGAAGUCCAAUUGCACACCCGUGGCUCUUUGGAUCUGGACUAUCAACUAUGGUCAUUUGCUAUUCCCGUCUUUGGAAGAACCAUCUCUGGUGUCAAGGGUGUUUCUGCAGCAGGCAUAUUAGAGCACAAUGAUGACAGUGUCUUUAUCGAGAGUGUCCAUGACACUAGUUUCGAGACAUCCACUACGGAUUGCUAUGAACGCAAGAACAAACUGACUGUCAUUCAUCGCUGGGGUCUCUUCCCUGAAGGCGGCUUCUUUAUCCGUGCUGCCUAUGGCGACGAGCAUCUGGCUCUCAGCGUUGAAAAGAGGCCUAGAACAGGAGAGAAUGGUCGCACUGAAUACGAAGUGACAUUGAAACCUAUCAAUUUCAAAGAGUAUCAGUGGCAUUUCUGGUCUUAUCAAGAGGGCCAUUUGAUCAACGCUCAAACGGGUCUCGCUUUGGAUGCUAGCACUGUCAAGGGUGUUUUGGUGGAAGAUGGGCUUCGUACACCUUUGUUUGUUCGUGAUAAAUCCAUGAGCGAAAACCAGUUCUGGUCUCUCACUGCUGACGGUGAGAUCUUCUUGCGCUCAGAUGAACAUUUGGUGAUUGGUGUCUCCAACUCGCGCAGAGUGUCUGUUUCUGGUGCUCAAGUGGGUCUUCGUGAGUUGCAUGUCAAGAAGUUCUUGAACGAACAGGGCCAACAAGAGACCGUCAUUAAGUCUGAAAAGUGGCUGAGAUGGUUGUUCUCCAAACCUGUGUAUCGCAAGGUUACUGCCAGUAGCUCAGUCACUGAAGAGACUUCUACUACCACCACUAGCCAAGUGAUUGAAGGAUUAUCUGACCAAGAGCUAGGUGUCAAGCAAAAGGAGGAGUCUGCUGACGAUUAUUCUUUGGAAGAUGACGACGAGGACAGCAGUAUCAGCAGUAAUUCUGACAGUGAUGCUGAGGAUUCCACCAAGAAGCUCAAUCUCAUUGGCAACCUGGGCAUCGCUACUGCUGGUGCUGGCAUCAUUGCUGGUACGGCUGGUAUGAUCUCCAAUGUCAUUACCUCUGCUCCUGAAAGCAUAUCUACCGCCAUCACUGGCAACAAGAAAAAGAGCAAGCAAGAGUCAUCCGGCAUCAAGCAAUCCAUCACGAAAAAGACAUCCUACAAAAGUCUCAAGAACGAGCGCAAGGACUCGUUCCACUUAAGUGCUGAUUAUGUGCCUACUGGUUACGAGAAGGUGGUACGCUACAAGACGCACCAACAACCCAACUUCCCUGCUGCUGGUUAUUUCAUGAUCAAGAGCCAUCUUCAUGGAUAUGUGUUUGACAUUGCCAACGGUGAAGCCAAGGAUGGUGCCUUUGUUGUGCUCUCUCCUAUCCGCUCCACCAACUAUGCAAGUCAACUCUGGUCUUACAAGGACGGCCGUGUCUUUAAUCUCAAGGGCCAUAACCUUGUGUUGGACGCCUCCAUGACAGACACCAUUACUGCGGGUGAGCGACUUGUAAUUUCCGUGCAAAAGUCUUCUUUGGGAUUGUCUGAUCAAUACUGGGAAUUCGGUACUGAAGGCGGUCUGAUUUGUCUCAAGUCCAAGCGCAAUUUGGUUCUGGGUGUCAAGGAGCUCAAGCGUGUAACGGACCAGGAUGCUAGUAUUGACGUCUAUUUGCAAGAAGAAAAGUCGCAUACCAGCAGCAACUUUGGUCGCCCUGAGCAACGCUGGGAGAUCAAGAUCCCUGCCAUGAUUCCCGUGGAGCAAACCACCAACACCACAUCCGAAUCCAAGUACACCAUCAUUGAAGGCGGUAAGAUUAGCGCUAUUUCCAGUUCUGUAUCUGCUAUCAUCGCCUUUAAGUGGCUCAAGGAGACGUUUCAUCACAAGAUUACUGCUGAUAAUCAAUGGCCUAGUUCUCAAAACUGGUUCUUUAUCCGUAUUGGUAACGAGAAUGCCUUUUUGUCGUCUGGAAGCUCGGAUAGCAGUGAAGUCAAGUUUGUUUCUCUUGGACAAGAAGAGGAUCACAAACAAUUCUUGUGGGUUUAUGUCAAUGGAUACUUGGUCAAUUACAAGUACAUGUUGCGUCUUGUCUAUGACAAAGAAUCCCGCAAGUUGUUGCUUUCCAAUGAUAGCAAGACCCUGGAUCAAGUGUUCUCUGUCUCCAGCCACGGCAAUCUGUCUGUCAGGGUUCAGUCUGACACGGUCUAUUUCAGUGUUGCAUCUGGCCACGCUGAGCAUCAUUCUUAUGAGCUCACCUGUUCAAGUACUGAGAUCCAGGCAUCUGAAGCUGAACAUGCACUUCAAUUGCAUGUUCCUGUUUUCUCUAAUGUUGAAGUGGAAAAGGAGUCCAAGAUUGCUUUGUCUACUGUCAUUUCAUGGAUCGAGUCUUGUCAAAAGACUACCUCGACCACGACAACCACCACGACAACGACGAUCACUUCUAAAGUCUCUCAGUUCUAUGGUGUGUUCCCAGCUGGCACUUGGUUCUUUAUCAAGGCCCAAACCAAGGAUAGUGAUAGUCUUGUGCUUGCAGUCAAGGAUGCUUCCUCCAAGUCUGGUGCUUAUUUGACUUUGAAGAAACUGAACUUUAAAGAUUACCGUAGUCAAUUAUGGACUUAUCGCAAUGGUUUAUUGAUCAAUUAUGGUAGCAAGUUAGUGAUUGAUGUCCAUGGCGAAAUCAAUGCAUUCUCCAAGUUGGUUCAAUCCACUGAAGCAGGCGUCAGCUCUCAAAAGUGGUCCCUUACUGCCGACGGUCAUAUCCAAUUGGAAAGUUAUGCUCAGUAUACAUUUGGAUACACUCAAUCUGAAACGAUCAAGGAAGAUGUGGAGGUCAUUCUUGUGGAGGCCAAGUCGUAUGAAGAGUCCUCUACGACUCAAGCGAUUGCUUGGCGAUUCUCUGUGCCUGUUUUUGGCAAGGCAGCAGCAGCAUCUACCAACAGUAACACUACGACAACCACCAUCACUACCACUACUACAACGAUUUCAUCCAUUGAAAGACUUACUGCUUGUAUUGAACAAGGUUCUCUGAUUGAAAGCGUCGAAGAAGCUGAUAUCAAGGUAGAGGACAUUUCUGUCAAAAAGAAUAAUGCCGUCGACAAUACCAGUUCUUCUUCCACUACUGCUAUUGCUAAAGAGAAACAUCAUGGAUUCCAGGAUGUAUUGACCAGUGUUGGUAUUGCUGUCACUGCUGGCGCUGUCGCUGUGGGUGCUGUACAAGGUGCUUCCAAGAUUGCUGAAAAGGUCUCGGAGCAUAAGGAAGAGAAGAACAAGAAGGCUGAAUCCUCUGCCUCCACUUCCACUUCGACUACUGCUUCUUCCUCUGCUGCUACUAGCGUAAUCAAGCAGGAACAGCAAAAGCAAGAGAUUGUAUCUGCUGUUACUGACACCAACAAGACUACUGAGACCAUUGUUGUGCGCCGUUCUCAACGUACCUCUGUUCAGAUCAUUGAGGAGUCGCGUGUUAUUAUUCGCGCUUGGAAGAUCGUCUUUAGUCAACGUGUUCACCAUUGCAAGACAAAGGAAGAACUGGUGCAAACCAUUGAGGAAUCGCGCGAGGAUUUGUUUAGACGCUUGGAUGAGCAUUUGCGUGUCCAUGCUUCUGUGGAGCAUUUGAUCUCGGGUGCUGUUCCUGAAUGGCAUGUCUCUAUCCAGCAAGUUAAGGAACUGUACAGAGCUCGUGUGUUUGAAAGAUUCUUGGAUCGUUUGAGCCAUCAAGAGGUGACUGACGUGGCUACACUCGAUUUUGACGCUACUUUGGCCUCUGCUACCCAAGAAGUAGAAACCCAUUACAGCAUGAUCAUUGAACACCAAAGCAAGAUCCUCUCUUCAACCGAUGAAAAGACGCAUUCAUGUCAAGAUGUAUCUAUUCAGGAAGACAUUCUUGCUAGCAUUGAUACCAUCAAGGUCACUGUGCGUUACUGGUUCAUUGGUUUGUACGAGUCCAUUGCUACUGCUAGAAACAAGGGUUCUUCUGAAGAGGAGAUUAAGGUCAUGAUUGAAAAUUCGCGCAAGGAACUCACCAGCGAGCUCGCCAAGAUCAAGACAUCUUCUACUAGCCAUAUCGAGCAAUCCUCCUCUUCUCUUUUGGUGUCCAAGCAAACCUCCAUCAGUAACACGAUUGACACUGCCAUCUCUCAGACGGAAACCAUUGUCAGCAGCCAACUCAACAUGGUGCACUCUGAAAUCAAGUAUCUUGACACCACAGAGGAAUACUGGCUGGACGUUACACGUGUCACUGAGGAGACGCUUUCUAGUCAACUCAAGGUGUAUCAAAAUGCUAUCACUCAGGAGAUUGUUCAAGUGCAAAAGUCUGAAAUCAGCAAGUCUGAUCAAGCUGAAAUCUCUGUUGUAUUAGAUGAGAAGAUGGUGACAGUGGCUCAGCAAACAGUUGCCAACAAGCUUGUAGAGACGCAAAUCAAGUUGUCCAGUUGGUACACUGAAGUGAGCCAGCAGAUUGCUUGGCUUUUGGAGGAGAAGAGCAAGACAUCUGAGCAGCAGCAGCAGCAGACCAUCAUGCAAGAUACGUUGGCCAUUGUCGAGGCAGCCCAAGUGGAGAUCAAUACACGUAUUGAGGAAGCCAAGCUUGUGGUUCGCACUUACUAUGCUCAUUUGACCUAUUUGAGCUGGGCUGAACGUCGUCGUAUCGAGUACGAUUUGGACAGUAUCAAGGCUUCUCUCGUUGCUAGUAUUACUCUGUUCAAAAAGUCGAUUGAAAAGAGCCAAAUCACCAAAGAGGAGAUUGUGCGCUACGCAAGCUACUCAUUUGGUGCUACUGCCUCUCGUAUCGUUCUCACCGAUUUACAGAGCAUCGUUGUCAAGGUGACCAAUGUCAAGGAAACCACCACUGUCGUCAACAAGUCUGAAGAGAAGCAAGCUGAAAAGACAAAGAUUGCGCUUGUUGGUGGUACCGACAAGACGAGCACGGCCACUGCUGUUGAUGUGAGCAAGACAACUACUGCUACGGCUAUUGACAAGGUGGAUCAGGUCAGCAAGGUCCAUGUGGAUCAGCAACAAACCUCCAAGAUUGUUGACAAGGUAGAGACUGAAGUGGAGCAAACACCAGUUAGCAAAGUGGACAGCAAGCAAUCCUCAAGUAUCAUGGUCGAUCAGCAACAAUCCAAUGGCCACUCUCAUGCUGCUGUUACCACUGCUGUUAUUGGUGCUGCUGCGGCUGCCAUCGCUGGUGCUGCUAUUGUGCAUCAUCAUGAAGGAAAGACAGAUGUUCCAGUUAUUCAGGCACCUAGUACGGCCAGCGUUAUCGUUGGCAACCAGACUCAAGUGAUUCAUGAGGAAGACAGCAAGCAACAGACCGCCGCUUCUUCUACUAGCAGCACAACCACUGUGACUAAACAGCAAGAAAAGACGGAUACGUUGGUUAUCGUUUACGAUCAAGUGCAGGUUGUUGUUCAGGAAUGGAUCACCACCUUGAGUAAGCGUGUGUAUGCAUGUGCUCAAAACAAGAGCAGCACGACUCAGCAAGAGAUCGAUACCAUUGUUUACGAGUCUCAGCAACAGCUCAUGGUCGAGAUUGAAAAGGCCAAGCGCAACACCACUGCUGUCAUUGGCACAUCUCAGACCUCUUUCCAUGACACGCUCUCUUGGAUCAGAAGCACAGUCUGGAAACAAGCUGUUGAAAUCAGACAUCUGGCUCUUUCCGCUGCUGCUGAGGAUACCAGUCUACUCAAAACCAAGUUGGACACCUUGCAAGAAACCACAUUGCAGCAGAUCCAAGUCGAAAUUGAAAAGUCCAAAAAGUCUGCUUCUGUGAUGCAUGUGGUCGGUGGCCAUCAUGAACAUGCUGUUGUGAUUGCUGCUGGCAAGAAGUUUGAAGGCGUUGACUAUUCCAAGACAUCAUCGCACGGCGAAUCCAUUGAAAAGACCAAGGUGGCUGUAGGCAUGUUGAUGGAGGACACACGUGUCACUGUGCAAAGCGUAUUGAGAGAUCUCGCUGCGGCCAUCACAGAACGUCGCAAGCAGGGUGGAGAUCAUGCUCAGCAGGACAUUGAGGUCAUUGUGAAGACGCACCGUGAAAAGAUUGACGCUUACAUCUUGAAAAGCAAGACAGAAUUUGAGCAACGCGUCACCUCUGUUCACAAGAUGUCUACUGCUAGUGUGGAUGCUGAAUUGACGCAUGAAACCAUCCAAAAAGUGUACAGCACGUUGGAGCAGAUCCAAGAGAGUGUCCAAGUACAAGUGACUAAGGUGGAGCAAGUAACUACGUCUACUACUGUUACCUCUGAAGUCGAGUAUGAAGAACAGCUAACGACCAUCACGCACGAAGCCUGUAAGAAACUGGAUGCUACCUUGGCUGUGUCUGAGACGAUCAUUGGUCACCACAUUGAAGUGAUUGCUGAAUCUACUACUACUACUACUACUGAAAAGACGGAGCAAUCUCACGUCUCUUUGGGCGUUGAAUAUGGUCUUUUGAUUGUGUCAGAGACAACCAAGAACGUAUCGAGUCAAGUCUCUGCCCUGAUUGAGCAAGUACACCACCGCCUCACUUUGGGAUCAGAGUCGCUUGAGACCGACAUUCAUGGCUAUGUCACUACUUUUGACAAGGAGCUGGAUCUCAUCUUUGAGCAAGCAAAGACCAAGAUUGCGUAUGAGCUAUCCAUGGUGGCAUCGCAUGAUAAGGUCCAAGAGGAGUAUUUCAUUGCAUCUUUGGAGGCGAUCCGUACUUCUACCAAGACACGUAUCAGCCAAAUUCAAACCAUUGCUACUACUACUACAACUCACAAGGAGGAAUCUCAAAAGACGGUGUCUGACAAGUUGCUUCAAAUUGCAGAGGAAUCUCGCCAUGAAGUUACUGCUCAUUAUGAGUCGAUCAAGCAAUCUGUCACCCAAAAGACGCAACAAGUUGUUCAUGACCAUAAAGCUACGACUACUGCCACCACUGGCACCACUCAAGUGGCUGUUUCUUCCCACACCGAGGAACAAGCGGCACAAAAGAAGCAAGAGGAGCAGCAUACAUCUUCUACGGAGCUCGCUAAAAAGGUGCUGAUUGGAUCUGCGGCUGUGGCUGCAGGUACUGCCAUUGCUGUUGAGGUCGCCAAGAAGCUCAAUGAACACAAGGAAAAGACUGAAAAGAAGGAGCACUCUGAAAAGGAGACGGCUCUGGUGGUUGAGGAUGUCAAGGUGCAGUUCAACAAGUGGAUUUCUUCUCUUACUGACACUGUGGUCACUCAAUCCAAGCAAUCGACUGUCUCUACGCAAGAGAUCUCGGUGACUAUUGAAAAGUCCAAGCAAGCAUUCCUUGAGGUCAUUCAAAAGGCCAAGUCCAGUGAGGUCUUGACGGAAAAGCACCAACAUCAAGUCUUGUCCUGGAUUGAGGAAACCGCUGUUGCACAAGCUGCUCGUAUUCAGGAGAUUGCUGUUCAGUCAUCGACGUCUACCGUGGUGGACAUGGAGUCCAAGCUGGAGGUCAUCAAGAUUUCAACCAGUCAAGAAGUCGAGGUCGCUUUGGAAAAGUGCAAACAUGCGCAAUCCGUCGAUGAGUAUGUCGGUGUCACUGUGGAACAACUUAAGCAAAAGGAAACUGCCCUGCUAGAUAUCCGCAGUGAGCUGGCCAUUGUGGUCCAAGAUGUCAAGACGUCGUUGGUCGCCUUCUUUGAGCAGUUUACAAAGUCUGUCAUUACGCGUCUUGAGCAAGGUGGUGACAAUGUUGAAAAAGACAUUGCCAUCUUGAUUGCCAAUGCUCGCAAGGAGGUGUCUGUUCAUGUGGAGAGCGUCAAGUCCACUGCCACCAAGCGAUUGUCUGCUCUGGAGACCAAGUCGUCUGCCACUGUGAUCUCCACUGCUGCUCUGUCUGGUAUUGCUACUGCUGAAAUCAUUGCUGUACUCAAGUCCAGUGAGGUCAUGCUGGAGCAAAAGAUCAACCGUGUGCAUGCCAGUGUUUGGUACUUGGAAAAGAACCAGGAUAUGACCAAGAUUGUAGAGACUAUCACUCACAUUCAAACAGAGACCAAAGUUGAAAUCACUGAAAAGGUGGAAAGCUCUCAUUAUGGAUUUGUAUCGGCUAUCAAUGAUCAUCACAAGGCAGGUCAUGUCUGCACAGAUGUAAGCAAGCACACGAGUCAGACCUCUCAUGAAGCGGUGGCACUCAAGGCAUCUCUGUCUGUGCAAGAGGUCAAGAUCACUAUUCGUGAAUGGCUGCGUACGCUUGCUGAAAAGGUGUCUGUUUGCUCUCAAAAGGGCGGUUCUGCUGAGGACAUGGAUUUCAUCAUCCAAGAGGAGAAUAAGCUUAUUUUCGAGUACUUGGAUCAAUCUGUCAGCAAGAUUACUGAGCACGUCAAGACUGAAGAAAGCAUCAAGUAUCUCCACAGUACAGUGGAGCAAGUCAAGACUACCAUCACCAAGACAUCCACUGAAAUCAAGGUCAUUGGUGUGGAGUCUGCUUCAACUUCGUACGGUGGUUUUGAUAAGAUGACCUCUGUCAUUACUCAGCAUGAACAUCAAAUCAGUGAAGCUCUGGUUGUCUAUGAAACCAAGAUUUCCAAGCAGAGCAUAUUGGACCAGACGACGACGAGCGUAUCCUCUUCUCAAGAGCAAUCGACUAGCGGUGGCAAGACAACUAGCAGCAGCAGCAGCACGGCUGUUAGCAAGAACACUGUUACUGUUGUCGCUGUUGACUACAUUAUCAGCACUGUCACUACCUGGCUUGAGGAACUCAUGGUCCAAGUCUCUGAGUGUGCCAAGGUGGAGCACAAUGUUCAAAUUGCCACCAAGAUGAUCAACAACAUUGUCGCUGACUACAGAGAGUACAUCCAAGUUGAGUUUUCAUUGAUCGCUGAAAAGAUUAAGAGCAACAAGACGGCAGAUGCUACAGUCAAGCAGGAGCUAAUCAAUAUCCUGGAGUGGACGCGUGGUGUGAUUCUUCAGAGCUCUACCCAAGUGCAAGCCACUGGCAUUAAUUGUGCCGGUGCCUUCAGUGCCACUGGUGGCAUUGAGCAAAUGAAGUCCCUUGUCAAUGCCUCUUUGGAUCAAGUCAAGUUGUCUGUGGGUCGCUGCAACAAGACAAUCAAGAUAGAUGUUGAACGUUCUUCUGCCCAUGCUGAAAAGAAAAAGAUGAAAUCUGAUUGUCAAAAGCAAGAGAUCAAAAAGAAGGCUGAAUGCAUUGCUAUUGAAAAGAAGAAAAAGCAGGAAGCUUGUGCAAACAAGGGCAAGAAGACCGCUUCUGAUUCUGACUCUUCUUCUGACUCUGGUUCUGAUACCGAGAGUGAUUCUGGUUCAUGCUCUGAUGCUAAAGCCAAGAAGAACAAGAAGAAGGCUGAUUGUGACAAAAAGACCAAAAAGAAGCCAACUGUUGUCAAGAAGCCUCAAAAGUCUCCUGAUUCCGAUAGUAGCGAUGAUUCUGCCUCUGACAGUGAUGACGACUCUACCAACAAGAAGAAGAAGGUGGCUGCUGGCAUUAUUGUCGGUGGUAUUGCUGGUAAGAUCAUCAAGUCCAAGCUACAUGGCUCUUCUUCCUCAUCCGAGUCUGACUCUGACUCUGACUCUGAUUCUGGUAAAAAGACCACCACUUUCAUUGACAAGGCCAAGUUGACCACUGGGCAAGCUACUCUGGAUGUCACUAUCAUUGUGCGCGAAUGGUAUGAAAAGCUGAUUCUGGAUGUCUCGAGUCGCGCCAAGAAGGGCGGAUCCAAUGCCAGCUCUGAUAUUGAGAUCAUUGUGCAAAAGGCUGUCAAGAGCAUCACCGAAACUUUGCGUAUCAUCAGUGUCAAUGCACACAAGUCUGUGAUUGACAAGACUAAAGUGACUCAGUACCAAGCUUCUGUUGAAUGGGCCAAGAAUCUUGUGCUCCAGAGCAGCUACACUAUCAAGGCCAUUGGUACCAAUUGUGCUGCUUCCUCGUCCUCCAAGACCGGCGGUAUUGAACAAAUGCGUCCUAUUGCUAUUGCUAUUCAGGAGCAGAUCAAUGUGGAGAUCCGUCGUUACAAGCUUGUAGUGCAACAGACUGAAAGCAAGAAGCAAGAUACUGUCAUUGAGCACAAGCAAAACACGGAUACCAUUUGCAUCGGUCGUCAGUCUGCUGUUAGUCGCAAAGAGUACUGCGAACAAUUGGAGAAACAUGUCACUGAGGUCGUUGCUGAAUCCAAGGUGGUCAUUGUGUCUUGGCUUUCACAGCUUAUCCGCAAUGUCUCUAUCCGUGUUCAUCAAGGCGGUGCUCAUGUGGAGCAAGAUGUCGCUGUGUUGAUUGAAAAGUCCAAGGUGGAACUCACUAGCACGAUUCAACGUACUCAGACCAAGUUCUCUUCCUCUAUUCAAGUGUUUGAAAAGGACAAGACGUUUGCUUUGGUAGAGUACCACAUCCAGGAGAGCCUCAAGACGGUACAAGCGACUGUGGAUGCCAAGAUGCAGCAAGUGCAAGAGAUUGUUAGCAAGCAUCACUCCGAGUCGGAGGUGGUCACUGAGAAGCUCUCUGUUGUGCUCGAGUCUUCCAAGGUCAACAUCACUGAGACGUUGGAAACGACCCAUGCCCAAUCUGUCACUGUCAUCAAGCAAGAGACCACACAAACUGAAUCCACUGUCAAGAUCAUUGAUACCGUGGACACUGUCAAGACGGCUAUUGCCCACUGGCACACCAGGCUGACUGAGGAAAUUCACGCAAUCAGCAUUGACACUACCAUCACCAACAAGGAGGAGAGAAUCAGCACCCUGAUUCAAGAAGCCACUGUUGAUAUUGAACGUGUUACUGUGGAAGCCAAAUCUAAGGUGACUCAGGAAUGCAGUGCUGUCAAGAAGAUAAGCAAGACCAAGGAGCAAGAGCUUCUAUCCACCAUUGAUUAUGUUCAUGAUACUUUCUCUGCUGAUGUCAAGAAGGUGCAACAGAUCAGUGUGGAGGCUGUGCACAAGUCGGAUACCAACAUCAAGGAGACCCUCACUUCAGUCAUUCGUACGUCGCAUGAAAAGAUGGACGCUGCCUUGACUCGUACCACAGCUGCUGUCAUUGGUGUUGCCACUGCUGCUAUUGCUAUUCAUGCCGCUAAGCAACAAGAGGACAAGAAGCAAGCUACUGAUGCUACUACUACCACUACUACCAAGCAUGGUGAGUUGUUAGUGGAUGUGGAUGAGAAUGUUACUGUUAUUUCCAAAUGGUUUGAACUCUUCACCAAAAAGAUCUCUGACUCUGUAGUACACUCGCAAGGUGGUGAUGUAGUUCAACAUGUCAGUGCUGUCACUGAACAGGCUGAGCAAGAGAUCACAGACAUCAUCUCCACUGCUCGCAACGACUUUGUCAAGCGCUUGUCUCUUCAAAAUCUGGAUCAAGCUUCAUACACUUAUGCCUGCAAGCAUUACGAGGAAUCCCUGGAGACCGUGCGUGUGUCCAUUGUCACUCACAUCGUUGAGGUCAAGAAGGUGGCCAUUGAAGCACACACGACUGGCAAUGUGCACGCAUUGGAAUCUAAGCUGACUCAAUUAUCGCAAUCCUCCAAUCAAAGUAUCAAGGUGGCCAUGGGAUCCUCUGUUGUUAUUCGUCAUCAGGCACAGCCCACAGCUACUACUGCAGCCAGCAGUGUUGCUGACAAGAAGACUGAAUCUGUUGUGCAAAUUGAGGUAAAGGACAGCGAUGCCAUUGUGAUUGGCGAGCAAGAUGUUGAAUUUGAUCGCAAGGAGUCUACUAUGACUACGGUUCACGAACAGGAAAAGGUCAAAAAGGGUAAUCAUAUAUACGCAAGCAAACUAAACAAUCAUGCGAUUGACUCACACAAAUUCAAAAAAGCAGAGGAAACGAAAAAGGACUCGAGCUUUGAAAAGAUGGUUGCUGGCACGUUGGCCAUCGGUGCUGCUGCAGCUGCUGCAGGCUCUGCUGUCAUGAUCCACAAGAAGAAUGAAAAGGAGGAAGCUGCUGAAAAGAUUAAGAAGCAGCAACAGGAGCUUCAGGCUAUUCAACACCUCAAUUACGAUUCUGGCGUGGCCACGAUUGAAAGCGUCAACAUUGCUAUUUCUGCUUGGUUUACCUCACUGAUUCAAAAGGUAUCUUCUGCCUCCAAAUCAGGUGCUUCUUCCAAGAAGAUUACCUUGAUUGUUGAAGAGUCAAGAACCGAGCUGACUCAGAUCAUGGAGCAUGCCAAGGUAACUGGUGCCAAGUACUGCGCAUCUGCUAGCGACGAACAGCAAUACAUUAGCAAGAUUGAAUGGGCUUCUUCUGUUGCUCAUAACCAGGCUGUUCAGAUCCAGCAAAUCGGUAUCAAUGCAUCAACAUCAGGUGGCAAAUCCGCAGACACCAUGACAACCCAAAUGGAAGCCUUGGCGACUGCAUCAUACCAUCAGAUUCAAGUGACUCUUGAACAGCUCAAGACCUCCAUUACCUUCCAUCAAAAGGUCAACAAGAUCAGUACGUCUGUUAUCAAGACAGAGAAGCCAACGUUUAGUGCUGCUGCUGUCGAGAAGAAACCCGUAUGCGGAAAGAUGGAGACUUCUGUUGACAAGACCAAGGUUGCUUAUUCUGUGAUCCAAGAGACGCGUAUUACCACUAUUGCCUUGUUUGUAUCUCUGUCCGAACGCAUUGUCACCCGUAUUCGUCAAGGUGGAGCCAAUGUGCAAGAGGAUGUCAAUCAGAUGAUUGCUUCCAGUGAGCAACAAGUGACCAAGAUCUUUACCGAGGCCAAGUCGACCACUACCAAGGUGGAUAAGAAGACCCAACUUGAAAUCGAGCAAUCACUGUCUUCGGUUCACAAGACGGUGCAGGAACAGAUAUCUCAAGUCAAGGUGGUGACCACAGAGGCCAUUUCUACCGAAACCACCGAUACCAAGAUGGCUGUUGAGAAGGUGCUGCAAGUGAGCAACACGUCCAAGAGUCAAAUCGAAGCUACUUUUACAAGUGUGUCUGAAAGCAUCACUGCUGGACUCAUUAUCGUCUCUCAAACUGCUCAACAGACGACUGAAGCGGUCCAAGGUUGGUUUUCUGAUCUAAGAAGCAAGAUUGAUAAGCUUCUUGAAGCGAGUGAUUGCACCGAGGAAGAAAAGCAGCAGAAGAUCAAUACUGUCGUUGCUCAAGCUGAAGUCGAGAUGAAGACCAAGAUUGAACAGCUACAGCAAACGACCACGUCAACAAUAACAACCACGACGACAACCUCCAAAAAGUCCUCUGCUGCUACUGCUCUGGUCACGACGGAUCACCAUCUGGACAUCUUCUUUGGCAACAUCAAAUCCUCUGUUCAGAGCCAACUGGAUGUCGUCAAGGCUGCUGUUCAAGACACUAGCAAGACGGACAAGUCCAAAAUUAUGUCUACUCUUGAAAUGAGCGAAAAUAAGCUAAAGCAACAAGUCCACAAUCACUAUGAGGCGGUUGAAAAGAUCACUACUGUGGAGCACAUUACGGGUAUCAAGCAAGACAUGUCUGUUGUUCAGUCUGACAAGCAAGAUCGACAUGAUGUUUACAAGGACACCAUUGUCAAGACAGCUGUGGGUUCUGCUGCUGUUGCCGCUGCUGCUGCGAUUGCAAUUGAUUAUCACAAGAAGAAUCAGCAAUCAGAGACCACUACAGUUCAGGUUGUCAAGGAAACUUCUAUCCAAGAGGUUCAGCUCAAGAUAGAUGCUUGGUUCACUCGCUUAUCUGAAAAAGUGACAGUUUGCACCAAGAAGAGAGGCAGCGAUGUGUCUGUGCAAGUCGACAAGAUCAUCAAGGAGGCCCAAUCCGAGUUGGAGGUGACCAUCAAUGAGGCCAAGUCUCAGCACAUGUCCACCGAGACCAUCACUUCUGAAUCCAGCCGUACAUUCACCAGCACACUUGACUGGAUCAAGACCACUGCCUACAGUCAAUCGACUCAAAUUACUCACAUUGUCAACCAAGGAUCCUCAAGCUCCAUUGAUUUGACUACUCAAAUUGAAAACCAUAUUUCUGCUACCAAGCAACAGGUAGACUCUGCUCUUGAGGUACACUACAAGAAGGACACCAGCAUCACUGUUGCUACCGUGGAUCAAUCUAACAAGAAGCAAGACACUGUGCUUGAAAACGUAGUUGAGGUUGUCAAGGAGUCUCGUCAGCAAACGCAAAAACGGUUCUGUCUUGAAACGACUGUGAUUGUGCAAGAAAGCAAGACGCACAUUACCAACUGGCUCGUUCUUUUAUUGGAGAAUGUCACUAGCAUCAUUCAUAGUAACUCGGAAACCAUUCGUAAAGACAUCUUUGCAAGAUUGGAUGUGGCUGAAGAACAAGUCGAUGUCUUUAUCAAGGAGACCAAGGACAAGUUUUUGGUGAUGAGCAGCAAGACCUCGGCUACCAGCCAUGUUGAGGCCGAAACGCAAACCCUGGUUGUCAACUCGGUCAAGCAAACCUUGGACUGCCUCGAUAGCAUCAAAACGACACUGUUGCUCCAACUCUCUGUGCUUCGUCAAGUUAUUCACCGUAUCGAAGUCGAAGACAUUGAUGUCAUUACCCAGAGAUUGGAAGCCAUUAUCCAUCGUACUCAACAGCGUGUGCAUCAUACUCUUGAGAUUGGUAUCGACUUGGCCGUCUCAUCUGCAUUUGAAGGCAAGGUCGUCACCUGGUCUGAAACAGCUCAUGUGCCUGACUCCUUCAAGAACGUGCGUGUCAUUGCAUUCGAUGUGCUUGGUACCAUUGCCAACUAUCGCAAGACCUUGUAUCAAGCUUGGAAGCAAAUUAUUACACCCAAGCAUGAUGUCGUGCUCUCCGGCAUGGACUUUAACGUCUUUGUGCAAGAUUGGUACGGUGCGUACACUGAAAUCAAAAAGGAGAACUUUGCCAAGAAGCGUCCUGUCUCUGAUGAUAUUACGCUGCACGAGUCGCUUGUUCAUAUCUUGAAGCGCUAUUACAUCAAGGAAAACCUCUCUGAAUCAGAAAUCGAGCAGUUGUGUGAUGCUUGGAGAAAUAUUGGUGUAUAUGAUGAUGCUUCCAUUGGCAUCCGUCGCCUCAAGCACCUCCAAACAACUCAAAAGUAUGCUACCAUUGCUAUUUCGGAUACGUUUUCUACACGCUCCAUGAUUGAUUUGGCUCAAAACAAUUGUCUCUGCUGGCACGGUCAGUUUACUGCUGAGAUGUUUGCAUCUGCUGCUGCCAACAGCACUGUCACUGCAUCUCAGUCCGUCAUCAAGGGUACCAUCAAACUACUUGGUCUUGAAUACGCCAAUCAAUUGGCUGUGGUCUCUUCCAGUGCUGAGCUUGUAGCUGCUGCAAAGAAGGAGGGAUGCCAUACUGUCUUGAUUGAACGUGAAGAGGAGGAAACGUCGACGCAUUGCCAUCAACAAGAAACCAUCACUACUGAAUGUGAUAUCAAGGUCGACGCUUUGGAUAUCUUUGGCGAAAGCGUCCAGUCUUUCUUGGAGCAUGAAUCUAUGGUUCAAGUCUGGAAUGAAAAGGGUGGUGCUCCUGCUGCUCCUCGUGUCCUUGUUCAACAAUUGAAGGGAUCGUCUUGUGCUUAA